CCCCCUUGGAUCGAGCAAUGAACUCAAAGAACCUCUUCCUUGGCUUCGCCGGGAUGGUCACAGCAGCUGCGGCCUGGACAAUCUGGGGCAACGACGUGUUUCCUGCAGAGCCAGACCCGACCGGAGAUCCCGAAAACUGGACUGUUGAAGAGAUGAGGAGGUGGCUUCGCGUGAGAGGGUUAUUGCCCAGUGAAAAAGCCACACGUGCCGAAUUGCUCGAGCGAAUCAAAGCAAACUUGCGUGUACCACGCAAGUCGUCGACUUGAACUCAAGCACUGGUACUUGUUCACUUUAAUGUUGGAAUUUGGGACAGGUGUUCCAUCCUGGACAAAUAAACGACAUGGCGAUUCAUUCCCAUUCUUCAUUUUUAUCCUGUAACUAUCAUUCAUCGUCGUAUUUUCUUUCGUUGUUAUCAUAGCGCAUUCAUUGAUUCUUUUGUAAUCGUACCCAGAAUACCCCGAACUGUAGUCCGAACACUGGAACGAUACUGAAAUAAGCACCGUUUUGUGUUCUGCGUUAAACGACAAGGCGGAAGUUCUGGGUUUGGACAAGCC